AUGUGGCUGCUUUGGUUGCUACUCGCGGCACUUCUGGGCCUCAUGCCGAGCGAUGCAACUUUCAGCCCACUGGAGGAGGCUAUGAGGCUUAAUUACAGAGUUCUCUUUUCUCGGAAUCCCCUUCCGCGUGGGCUCCACAAGGAACAAUACUACCCAUUGCGCCUCAGCAAUGGGUCCAGGUUUGUUUGUGUCGUUCCGGAGGUUUCCCAGCAACAAGAAACCUCUGCGGUGCUCUUUGCGGUGAACCGUAACGUCCCAGCGCGCCUCCUUCAGCGCAUUCACGAAAGGUUUCGCAACGUGUGCGUCCGUUUCAUUGAUGGGUGGUGGACCUACCAAUUCUGUUGGAACGACGAGGUGGUGCAGCUGCACCUGCCGACGAUGAUUUUGAAAGAUGGGGUUUUGUUGGCAACAGAGUCGCAGGGCUCACCGACGCGCUUUCUGCUUGGUGUGGCUCCAUCAAAGGAAUCCUUGAGCUUCCACUUUGGUAUAGAUCCUUUUGGGGAUCGCUUCAUCUCAACAAGGUAUCCCAACGGUGAUCUCUGCGAUCUCACAAAUGCUCCACGAGAGACCGAGAUUCGCUUGUACUGCGCACAGUCUAACGAAGAGGAAAAGAUGACGUUACGCGAGGUGGAGGCUUGUCGGUACGUGACGAGCCUGAAAUCAAAAUAUGCCUGUAUUCCAGAGCUGCAACCAGAAAUGGGGCAGCAGCCCAUUACAUGUCAUGAGAUCGAUUUUGCAACUCUGCAAGCAGUUUAA